UUGACUAUGUCCAUUACUCAUGAGUUCCACCUGCUCGCCAUGCCUAUAUAAAAACAUACAUCCCCAGCAUGUUCCAACCAUCACUCACCCAACAAACAUCUCAGGAAUAUAGGAGAAAACAAGACCCAAAGGAGCUGAAAAAAUGGCAUCCUCCCCUACCUUCCUUCUCCUCGUUGCUCUUUUCGCCUUGAUCUCAUGGCAGGCUGUUGCCUCCGACCCUGGCCCGCUCCAGGACUUUUGUGUUGCCGACAUGCAUUCACCAGUGCGUGUCAAUGGGUUUGUUUGCAAGAACCCGAUGGAUGUCAACGCUGAUGACUUCUUCAAGGCAGCCGCCCUCGACAAGCCUAGGGUGACCAACAAGGUUGGGUCCAACGUUACCUUGAUCAACGUCAUGCAGAUUGCUGGACUCAACACCCUCGGCAUCUCAAUUGCACGCAUCGACUAUGCUCCUUUGGGUCAGAACCCACCACACACGCACCCUCGUGCCACUGAGAUCCUCACGGUACUCGAGGGGACACUGUAUGUCGGAUUUGUCACGUCCAACCUGCCCGCCCCCAACAGAAACAAGUUCCUCUCCAAGGUGCUCAACAAAGGUGAUGUGUUUGUCUUCCCCGUGGGGCUCAUUCACUUUCAGUUCAACCCCAACCCCCACCAGCCCGCCGUUGCCAUUGCCGCGCUCAGCAGCCAGAACCCAGGGGCUAUCACAAUUGCCAAUGCUGUUUUUGGGUCAGACCCAACAAUAUCAGAUGAUGUUCUUGCCAAGGCGUUUCAGGUGGAAAAGAAUACAAUAGAUUGGCUCCAGGCUCAGUUCUGGGAGAACAACCAAAACUAAGUCAGGCAUUGGGUGAUUACCCGGAAGAUUAGUGCAUAAACCAAGGAAUUAGUUAAGUUUCUAGACAUGCAUCAUAAGCUGUAAAAUUAAUGGAGCAUAUGUCAGGCCGGUGUGUGUAUGUAAACAUUGAAUGCAUUUCUUCCUUCCAAAUAAUUGACAAUACCAUUUUUUUAUCA